UCCAUUCGAAGCCAUUGUCCCAUUGGACUAUUGCUCGUAUGCUUGGACCGCGUUGCGUUGGAAACCUGGUCGUGGCAUUGUCUUUCACCAAGAAGACACAUAAAGAUCCACUGGAAGUGGGUUGAGGCCGUGGAAAACACUCCGCACUGACGAUUUAGGAAUAGCGAGCCCGCGAAACGAGGACUGGAAAGCGGGUGCUCUGCAAACACACUCGGCGUUCAUAAAGAGAUUACAGAGUAACUCGCAGGUAGUGAACUCGAUAUUAAUCACAACAGCAGUUCAACGGAGUUGAACACUGUAAGUUAAAGCGUCCCUGCGAACGUUGAAUCCAACAUUACCAACAUCAACACUAUAUCGGAGCCGAGUUGUCUCUGCGACUAGAGAAUCAUCCUCGUUCUCAUGAAAGAUGUCAUCACAUAUACCUUCUGACUUUCGCCCCUGCGUGCGUCUCCCUGAACCAUACAACGGCACCUACGAACUUCACGAGACCACGCCCGCAAGCUCGACCGUGCCAACAUUCAACCUUCGGCUAUCAUCAGAUUCAGACCAGAAUCACCUUCCACCCGAAACUCUUCAUCAUGACACUCUCCAAUUCACCGAGUUUUCAAGAGUCGAUGCAGACUCAGUUCCGCUGGAGAAUAAUUCCCCCUGGGCUCGAGCUAAGCGAAGCCCAUCCGCGGUGAUUCAAUGGGAGGGCUCAGUCGCCCCUACAAUCGGCAAUAUCUGGCUUGUCAUGUAUAUGGCUAUUACAUGCUGCCCUGAUCUCGAAGUCUUCAGAUUGAAGUUCUCAGGGGAACAGGCUUUGGAACUAGUCCAGCAGCUUAAGUCGGUCGGCUUGGCCAUCGAACAUCCUCCCCCGUCCGCUCCUCCAGGCAAACCAAUCCCGGUUUCCCACGACCACAAGGACUUCGUCGUGAUCUCCAGGAGUGCAUUCUGGCAAGGAGCCGGCUCUCCGUUUGGAGCAAGACCAUUUUGGGUGGUAGGGUCUGGGAAGGGCAGCCUCGCCGGCUCUUCCUACCCUAUCCGUCCUUUGGAUUAUACUAUGACAACUAAGUUCCCUGAUGCGCGAGUUUACGCACGUCACCCCAUCAGACCAGCUAAGCCGAUCCCUGGGUCAACAAUAUACGCUCGUUACAUCCCUCAUUUAAGGGAGACCUUUUCAAUGGUUGCGCUCGACUGGAAAAAUGAAGAACACGUCAAUUAUUUCCACGUCUGGCAAAAUGAUCCGCGCGUUGCACAAAGCUGGAACGAGACGGGAACUCUAGAGCAGCAUCGAGAGUAUCUUCGGAAAAUGCAUGAAGACGAGCACCAGUUUGCUGUUCUUGGAAAAUUUGAUGAUAAUUAUUUUGCUUAUUUCGAAAUUUAUUGGGCAAAGGAGGAUCACGUUGGAGCAUAUUAUGAUGCGGGAGAUUAUGACAGAGGUCGCCAUUUUCUGGUCGGAGACUCGAGGUUCCGUGGGCCACACCGGGUCAAGGCCUGGCACACGAGCUUGACGCACUAUAUGUUUCUUGAUGAACCCCGAACCACCUUGGUAGUCGGUGAACCCAGAGCCACAGGGACUAAAGUCCUCGGAUACGAUCAAGCAAACGGCUACUACAUUGACAAAUGGAUCGACCUGCCUCAUAAACGUGCUGCAUUGAUCAAAUGCACCCGCGAGCGGUUUUUCCAGCUGUGUCCAUUUCACUACGAAAACUUUAGUUAGUUUAAGUGGAGAUUGACUUUAUGAUUCCAUGCCCAUCUAUGAAAUUUUUGGGCUAGUUACGUUCAAAGUAUGCUUCAUA